AUGGACACUCGCUCUAAGCACCGUACUCUCUCAAGGGAAGAGGAAGCUGAACUUUCAAGAAGCAAGAAGAAGGUAAAGGAUGUCCAUCACGCUGAUUUCAGUGAAGGUGUUAGUGAAAAUGGUUUUUCUCCACGGAGCAACAAUGUUUGGGCCUCGCAGAACAAGUCUUUCAAGGAAAAACUGGUAGGAGAAAUCCCAGGAGCUUAUGCUCAAGCAUUUGAUUUCUAUGACCUAAUGGAGGAUGAUGUUGAGUCUAACGAUGAGGUUACUGGUUUACGCGAAGGUUUAGCAGCAAUAAGACUAUCAAAGGAAACUAAACUACGCAUAAGGGGGUCCUGGUCGAAAGCUUUGAUUGUCAAGUUAUGGAAACCCAGUGGGAGGCUUGACUGUGUGGACCUGGGGAAUGAGUUCUUCUUAACGAGGUUCUCAAUGAAGGAGGAUUUAGACGCAGUUCUGAAAAGAGGUCCAUGGUUUAUAAGAGAACAUUUUCUAUCUAUAAGGCUGUGGGAGCCAUUCUUUAAACCGGAAAUAGCUAACGUCUCGUCAAUCGCGGUUUGGGUUAGAUUACAUGCCCUCCCUAUUGAACUCUAUGAAGCAGAAGUACUUAAGCAGAUUAGGGAAGCCAUUGGGAAAGUUUUGAGAGUUGAUACUCAUACCGCCAUGGAAGCUCGGGGUAAGUAUGCCAGGCUAUGUAUACAGGUGGAUGUAGACAAACCACUUAUAAACACAUUUCUCAUUGGAAAAUUUGAGCAAGCUGUGGUGUAUGAGGGUAUCAAUAAGCUCUGCUUCUCAUGUGGUAGAGUUGGUCACAAGAAGGAAAUGUGCCCACACAUCGUCUGGGGGGCUGAGCUGCCGUUGGAGAAGGAGGCGACUUGA